GAGUCGUUUCUUUUUUUGUUGGGAAUUCUAUUCUAUAGCCUUGGGAGUGUCCGUAGUUGCGAGUUCUAUUAUCGCAUUUCAAUUUAGGUGGUAAUUUGAUUACCCUCAAAUUUAAACUGAUUUGAACGUCAGCUAUGGAAGAUCUUGAAAUUCCAGCUAUUUCGGAGCAGUGAGGAUCUUCUAAGGCCGGCGCGAUGUCGCGCGCCAUGAUACCCAGCCAGCAGAAGGUGGCGGAGAAGCUGAGCAUCCUCAACGACCGCGGCGUUGGGAUGCUCACGCGAAUCUACAACAUCAAGAAGGCAUGCAGCGACGCCAAGUCCAAGCCGUCAUUCUUGUCAGAAAAGUCGCUCGAGUCGACGCUGAAACAGAUCGUGCGAAAAUUCCCAAAUGUGGAUGCCAAGAGUCUGCAGUCCAUUUCGAGUAUCCGCACUGACAUCAUCAAGUCGUUGUCACUUUACUACUUCACGUUCGUCGACCUGCUCGACUUCAAAGAUCACGUCUGCGAGCUACUGACUACCAUCGACGCACUGCAGAUACAGUUGGACAUCACACUCAACUUCGAUCUCGCCAAGGGGUACCUAGACCUGGUCAGCACGUACGUUUCGCUGAUGAUCCUGCUGUCCCGUGUCGACGACCGCAAGGCAGUGCUGGGUCUCUUCAACGCUGCACAUGAGCAGGCGCACGGCCAGAGUGACCCCAGCUUCCCACGGCUGGGUAACAUGAUCAUCGAGUACGACCCGCCGCUGAAGAAACUGUCCGAAGAGUUCAUCCCGCAUGCCAAAGUGCUCUACUCGGCGCUGCAUUCGCUGAAGGACGUGUUCCCGAGGCGCAACCUGUCCGCCGAUCAGUGGCGCUCGGGGAAAAUGCUGAGCCUGACGGCGAGCCCGGCGCAGAUGCUGAACCCGGCGCAGACGGACACGAUGCCGUGCGAGUACCUGUCGCUGGAGACGAUGGAACGGUGGAUCAUCUUCUCCUGCCUGCUCUGUCACCAGUAUCUGACGCAGCCGGUCGCCAUGGACCUGUGGAUCAACGCGCUUCAGUCCAGCUGGGUGACGACACUUUUCCGCGACGAGACCAUCUUCAUUCAUUCCUAUGUGCAGUCCUUCUUCGAGUCCAUCAAGGGCUACGGCAAGCGGAUCGCCGAGGUGAAGGAGUGCUUCAACCUCGCGGUGGCUAAUGCAGGCCACAUGCACCGAGAACGCCGUAAGUUCCUGCGGUCUGCGUUGCGCGACCUCGGCUUGAUCUUGCAUGAUCAGCCCGGUCUUCUGGGACCCAAGGCGCUGUUCGUGCUCAUGGCCUUGUGCUUCGCUCGAGAUGAGGUCACGUGGCUGCUGCGCCACAAUGAAAAUCCUCCGCCCCGCACUGGUAAGGCCAAGACGGCCGACGACCUCACCGAUCGCCAGUUGCCAGAGCUGCUCUUCCAAGUGGAGGUGCUGCGCGCCCUGGUGCGCAAGUACAACCAGGUGCUGCAGCGCUACUAUGUACAGUACCUGUGUGGAUACGACGCGAUCGCGCUGAGCCACGCCAUCCAACAGCUGCAGAUGUGUCCCGAGGACGAGAACACGAUCCUCUCGUCCAUCUGCAGUACCAUCACCAACCUGAACGUCAAGCAGGUGGAGGAGGCAGACAUGUUCGACUUCCGUGCCCUGCGUCUCGACUGGUACCGCCUGCAGGCGUACACGUCCGUCGCCAAGACGCCGCUCAGUCUGCAGGACAACCGUGAACUGGCGCACCUGCUCAACACCGUCGUCUUCCACACCAAGAUGGUCGACUUCCUCGACGAGAUCCUCGUAGAAACAUCUGACUUGAGCAUCUUCUGCUUCUUCAGUCGGCUGUUCGAAGACCACUUCAAGAUGUGUCUCGAGUUCCCGGCACAGAACCGGUACAUCGUCUGCUUCCCACUGAUCUGCGGCCACUUCCAGAACUGCACACACGAGCUGUGCCCAGAAGAGCGACACCACAUUCGCGAGCGUUCUCUUUCCAUCGUGAACAUGUAUCUGGACGAGAUGGCCAAGGAGGCGAAGAACAUCAUCACCACCAUCUGUGACGAGCAGUGCACCCUCAGUGACAAGCUGCUUCCGAAGAACUGUGCGAGAAUGAUUGUGGAAGCAGUCAACAAGAAAAAGAAGGACAAAAGCAAGAAGUCAGCACCGGAUUAUGGGAAACCAGGCACGGAGACAUAUAGGCGAACACGUGAAGAUCUCACCAUCAUGGACAAGCUACACAUGGCGCUGACCGAGCUGUGCUUCGCCAUCAACUACUGCUCUACUAUCCACGUGUGGGAGUACACGUUCGCGCCACGAGAGUACCUACACCAACAUCUGGAAAGCCGAUUCGCGCGAGCGCUCGUCGGCAUGGUGAUGUACAACCAGGAGACCAACGAGAUCGCCAAGCCCUCUGAGCUGCUGACCAGCGUGCGCGCCUACAUGAGCAUCCUACAGAGCGUGGAGAACUACGUGCACGUCGACAUCACCCGUGUUUUCAACCACAUCCUGCUGCAACAGACACAGCAGUUGGACAGUCAUGGCGACAAGACGAUCACGGCGCUGUACACCACCUGGUACUCGGAGGUGCUGCUGCGCCGGGUGUCGGCCGGCCGCAUCUGCUUCUCGCCCAGUCAGAGGGUGUUCGUGUCGCUGCAGGCCGACCCGGCCCAGCCGUCCGCGGAGGAGUUCACUGAUGUCACUGAGCUCCGCUCACUGGCAGAGCUGAUCGGCCCGUACGGCAUGAAGACGCUCAACGAAACGCUCGUCUGGCUGGUCAGUAGCCAGGUGCAGGAGCUAAAGAAACUGGUGGCGGCCAACCGUGACGUACUGAUCGCUCUGCGCACCAACUUCGACAAGCCAGAGACGAUGAAGGAACUGGUGAAACGCCUGCAGAACGUCGACACCGUGCUUCAGCGCAUGACGAUCGUGGGAGUGAUCCUCUGCUUCCGAGAUUUGUGUCAGGAGGCACUGCACGACGUGUUGACGGAGAGGAUCCCGUUCUUGCUGUCAUCGGUCGAGGAUUUCCAGCAGCACGUGCCUGUCAACGGCGACUCGAUGCUGGAGAGCACACGGCUCAAAGUGGUCAGCGAGAUGGCCUCGGCGGCCGGUCUCCACUGUAAGGUGGACCCGGUGCUGGUGAACCUGCUGAAGCCGGCGCAGAAGGCGGACAACCCCGAGGAGGAGUACCUGCUCUCCUGCCUGCUGAUGGUGUUCGUUGCCGUGUCGAUACCGCGACUGGCGCGCGAUGACAACUCGCACUACGUCGCUGCCCUCGAGGGACACGCCAACAACACGCACUGCCUGGCCAACGCCGUCAACAGUGUGUUCGGCGCGCUGUUCAGCAUCACUGGCCACGGCGACAUCGAGGACCGUCUGAAGGAGUUUCUGGCGCUGGCCAGCUCGAGCCUGCUGCGGCUGGGCCAGGAGCAGGAGAAGGAGGCGACCAAGCACCGCGACUCCGUCUACCUGCUGCUGGAUCAGAUCGUUCAGGCCAGCCCCUUCCUCUCCAUGGAUCUCAUGGAGUCGUGCUUCCCCUAUGCGCUGCUGCGCAUGUCCUACCACUCAGUCUACAAGGGUGACAACGCGCACACGUCUUGAGUGGCCUCAGGAACGUGAGCGCCCGUAGCGUUCCUCAGAGCGUGUGAACUGUUGGCUCGGUACGCGAGCUGAGCGCAUUUAAGGUGAAGUGCGGCGAGUGCCGCUGCAGUGGCCCAGCUUCGCUCAUGCAAGUGCGUCACGCGAUUUUUUCUGCGCACCCAGCGUGUUGCCUUGAAUGGCUGGCGAUGGACCACCUUGCGUUCUAAGCGUACAAUAGGAACGUGCUUUGCUGACGUUAUUUUAUUCGAUGGUCGGCCAUCGGGCGCAUUAUGAACACUGGUAGCCGUGCAAGAAAUGCAAGAGUAGAAGCGCGGCGCUGUGAAGUGUGUAAAGCUUUGUGCUUGCUUGAAUGCGUGUUUUAGUCGGUCGUUUUCUGAGAUAUGCCACCGAUUUCCAAUCGUUUUAUUUCUGCUUUCGACGCGGUCGUGUACAUAUAUUUCGUGCUCCAACUGCGCUCCCGGAAUCAGAGCGGAGUUGUGUUUUUGUAUACCAGAUUCGCUGCCGCAGACGGCUUUUGGGAUGUCCUUCCUCUGAAGCCAUGUUCUGCCAUUCCCGGCAUGGACCUAUUCUCUGGCCAAACGCACACUGUUAUACGUACAUGUGUGCCGGAACCUGUGUGGUGAUUAUGUUACGGCUUUUGUUACGGUCUCGCACUUUGUCUUCAUCUGGCCGGAUGGCUGGCGGGCCGCGGCAGCCCCCUGUUGUACCCUAUGGUAGGAGGCGCCACUCCUCACUGUACACAUGUGUAUCAUCCAUUGACUCCUGCAGCAGGAAUAAACAUCCUAUCGUGUUUAACGCAUCUAGGUAAGUCAUACUCGUGUUAUUGAUUCUGAUAAUGCAACAGUGUUACACAGUGGAUGAAUUCAAUCUUUAUUUGCCACUGUCAAACUGGACAUUUGUUGCAUCGCUACAAUAAAAAUGCUUAAUACAA